AUGCAGAGCUCGAAAAUCCAAGAGGAGCUGAAUCACUAGAAAUUCAAGAUUGAAAACUAUCAGAUGAUAAUAGAUAGCAGGUAGAAAGAAUACCAAAAUCUUAUGAUACAAAACAUCAGCAAUAGAAGGAAAAUAGCAUUAAUGCCCCAAAUUAGAGUUAAAAAUCUAAGCUAAGAUCUAGAUGUGGCAAAGGAAUUGUUUAUGAAUAAAAAUUAAAAAAGCAAAAAUUAGGAUGAUUAAACUCCGCUUAACAAGAAGCUUACUUCAUCUUUUGACAUUCAAGAGCCUUCAGUAGCUAGACAACUUAAGGAUAAAUCAUUUGAAAGCUAAUCAGUCUACUAAUCAUUUAUUAAGGAAAAGAUGGAUAUGAAGGAAUAGAGAUACCAUUCGACAAAGUAGAAAAUACUAAACUUUGACACAAUAGCAUAGUUGAACGAAUCUUUGUUUGAACCUAAGAUUAAGAUCACCAUUUCACCAGUGAAACUAUAGCACUACAACAGUAAACCAGUGACUCCAUUAAAUAUAGUAGCCUAUGACAGUAAAAGGUUAAAAACACCAUAAAGCAGGAUCUAAUAUAGCGAUAUCUAAAUUCAACUUAAACGAAUGCAACUAGAAAGUUCUUAAAUGGGUUCUACCCAUGUCAGUUCAUUUCAAAUAGACCAAGCAGCAGUCUAAGCCAAGAGACCUGGAACUACUUUUACCUCUGCUAGCAAUAAUUACUUCUAGGGUAGAAGAAGAUCUAUGAACAACUCAACUAACAUAGUUUAGCCAAUAUAGAAUAUAAAGUACACUAAUAAAUUCUAGUAAGUGCCUCAAACAAGAGAUGCUUUUAUGCAGUUUUAUAAUCUAAAGCGAGAAGGUCACAUAAAUCCUGAAGAAGCAUUGGCCUACCUGAAUCGAGACCCUGUCAGCUCUAAUGAAGUUAUGGAAUGCAGAAAGGGAUGUGUGAUAUUGAGAUCAACUCAUGAUCAAAGAAUUUAUAUGUUUGGAGGUAGAAAUAUCGGUCCAAUGAGCAAGCUUGAAAUCUAUGACCCUAAAUGGAAGUGUUUCAAGCUUAUGCAGUAAGAGAACGCUUCUUAAAUCAAAGGUCGUUUUAACCAUAGUAUGGUGAAUUUCUUUAAUAAGUUAAUUGUCUAUGGAGGCUAAACUUGCAGUACUUAUUCUCAAUCUAAAUCCUAAUGUCUUAAGGAUAUGAUAGAGUAUAAUAUAGAUCAAUAAAAAUGGCAUGUAAUACAGCAAAAUAAACUGUAAGUAUAUGCUCGUAGAAAUCAUACUGCUUUCAUUAUGAAUAAAUUCAUGGUCAUUUUCGGAGGAAUCAAUGACUUUAACCAGCAUUUGAAUGAAACAUUGAUAUAUGAUUUACUCAAAAACGAAUGGGUGGAAAAUGUUAAAAUAGAGGGACUUGAAAUGCCUCAUCUUUCUAACUCAGUAGGAAUGGGAUGCUUUUAUGAUCAGAGGGUAAAUGAAGAUAUCAAAUUUAUUGAUUCCCUGCCAGAAAUAAAAUGGGACUUGAGUUCAAGAUUCAUAUAGGUUGAGGGUUUCUACAUGUUUGGAGGAUUACAAUCAGACGGAUCUGCUUCAGAUGGUCUGUGGCUAUUAAAAUGUGAAAAAGGUUGUUUACGCUGGGUAAGAGGAGAAUAAAUUACCAAAGGUCAGAAGCCAAGCGGCCGCUACAGCCACUCGAUGACUUUAUACGAAAGAGAAAAUGCUUUGAUUAUUUGUGGUGGCAGGAAUGACAGACAAAAGAUGGUCUACAAUGACUUGCACAUGCUCACUUUGGAUAACUUGAACUGGAUCAAUGUAAAGUUAGUUGGUGAAGGAAUGAUAAAUCGAGCUGACCAUCACAUAGUGCCAGCAGACAGUACGAAUGACUUUGUCAUUUUGGGUGGAAUCGAUAAAAGUUAUUAACUAUCAAAUAAAAUUACAUUUUUGACUUUUGACAAGGAUCAGAUAGAUUACUAUUAGAGAUAAAAUGUUAGCCAACCUAAUUAUAUAGAUAGAUACUAGUGA